CUCUGACCGGACACCGUAGUUACGUCACUGGCCGUACCAGAUGAUCCAAUAUGGUGGCACCCAGGCGUGUAAACACGUGUAUGUUUCAGUGACACUGUUGUACUGAAGAUUAUACAGCAGUGCGAUCGUACCGGCGGGCAUUGCCUGAUUUACGGAUCUGAGGCGAUUUGUUUUGCUCGCCGCCGCCAUGUCCGUCAGAAACAACAACAAGCUGCCCACCAACCUGCCGCAGCUGCAGAACCUCAUCAAGAGAGACUCGGAGUCUUACACGGAGGAGGUGAGCCCUAGCCCUCCAUAAAUCACCUUUUACACUAAAUCACUACUCUAGGAGUCCCCACUGGAGCUGCCUGCUUCCCUGUGCUUUAUAGACACGUGUAAUUCCUGCUAAUGGACAGUAAAUUAGGAAUGCUGCCCUGUGGCCGUGUGACUCCUGUGUGACAGUUCCUAUUUAAUGAUUAUGGGUUUGUUAAAAAGCAGAAACCGCUAAUAUGAGUACUGGUUCUUUACAUUCAUACUUCAGUGGCACAGCUUAAUGGAAAUAAAUCUCAAACUUUUGGAAUACAAAGAUCUGUUCCUAAUUUUAGUGUUUUCCUAUCAAUUCCGAUUUAAAGGGACACUAUAGUAUAGACCAGGAAUGGCCAAAAGGUAGAUCCCCAGAUGUUGCAGAAUUACAACUUCCAUGAUGCUUUGCAUGUCUUUAGAAUGACAAAGCAUCGUUGUUGUUUUAAAACCUCUGGAGAUCUACCUUUUGGGCACCCCUGGUAUUGACAGUCCCUGCAGGCAUUUUCACGCAAACACUUUUUUUUUCACAGAAAAAGCAGUGUUUACAUUAAAGACUUGGGACACCUCCAGUGGCCACUCCUCAGAUUGUCACUGGAGGUGCUUCCUGGGGCAGUGCCGUACAGUAUGCAACACUGCCGUUCAGCAUCUCCACACUCUGCAUGGAGAUGCUGAACUUUCCUAAUAGAGAUGCAUUGAUUCAAUGCAUUUCUAUGAGGAGAUGCUUAAAGACGGCACUGUCAUGCCGAACUUAACUUUCCUCAAUCUCUUCCUCUUCUCCCCCUCUCUCAGGAUCUGUUAUUCUUUUCUUCCUGUCUUCUUUAGUUUUAUUUAAAAUCAUAAGACAAAGUAGGGACUCUUUGCCUCAUGGAGGAUUCCUCCGCCUGACCAGCGGAGGAGCAAAGUGUGCUUCAUUUCCGCGGGUCAGAGCAAUUUUCCCAUGAUCCUUACCUUCCCUCUGUGUUCCCACAAUGCUUCCUGUCACUUUACACAAAACUGCCGAAUUGCGUUCUAACUGAAUGAGAACAGUAUGUUCGUUUCUUUUAGAACGCAAUUCGGCAUUUUAUUCGGAUCGGAAUUUCAUUCUAAUGAAGGAAACGCCGAUCCUAUUCGUGCUGUGGCUGCAUCUUGCAGCCGCUUAGUAGAUAACUCCCUAAUUCCCACGGUAUCAGGGAGCUAUCUACUAAAAGACCUAAAUUGGUCUUUCAGCCAACUUUGCUAAUACUAAGUAAAGAUUACUUAGUAUUAGUAAAUGAAAUGCCCCUACUCGCUAUACCGCGAGUAGGGGCAUGUGUAGUAAGCAGUGAGCAGCGAGCAGCUUAUAGCUGCUCACUGUAAAAAAAAAAAAAAAACGAAUUAAACCCCCAUGCCCGUGGGGGCCCUAAAUAAAGAUAUGGGGGGGAACUCUUGCGGGUGGGUGGGGCCCUAAUAAAACAAUAAGGGGGUACUGUCCUCCCUUAUGGGUGGGGGCCCUAAUAAAACAAUAAGGGGGGACCUACUGUCCUCCCCUCCUGACCCCCAUCCCUGGCGUUGGGUGGGGCCCUAAAUCACCCCCAAUCAAGGUGACUAGGGGUCCCAAGCCCCUAGUCACCCCCCCACCCCAAAAAAAACCUAUCCCCUACCUACCCCCCUCACCCUAAAAAUAGUGAGGGGGGAAUAAAAUAACUAACCUGUAAAAAAAAAAAAAAAAAUUAAACUUACCAUUUGAUGUCUUCUUUUUUCUAAAAUCUUCUUUCUUCAGCCCCCAAAAAGGCCAAAUAAAAAUCCAUCAUACCCGUCAUAAGUUUAAUUUUUUUUUUACAGGUUAGUUAUUCAGGGGUGGGGGCCAGGGGGGGAGGACAGUAGGUCGUCCCCCCCUUAUUGUUUUAUUAGGGCCCCCACCCACCGCGCAGGGGUGGGUGCCAGGAGGGGAGGAAGUAGGUCCCCCCCCCCUUAUUGUUUUCUAAGGGUCCCCACCCACCGCUCAGGGGUGGGGGCCGGGGGGGGAGGACAGUAGGUCCCCCCCUUAUUGUUUUAUUAGGGCCCCCACCCACCGCUCAGGGGUGGGGGCCGGGGGGGAGGACAGUAGGUCCCCCCCCUUAUUGUUUUAUUAGGGCCUCCACCCACCGCUCAGGGGUGGGGGCCAGGGGGGGAGGACAGUAGGUCCCCCCCCCUUAUUGUUUUAUUAGGGCCCCCACCCACCGCUCAGGGGUGGGGGCCGGGGGGGAGGACAGUAGGUCCCCCCCUUAUUGUUUUAUAAGUGCCCCCACCCACCGCUCAGGGGUGGGGGCUGGGGGGGAGGACAGUAGGUCCCCCCCCUUAUUGUUUUAUAAGGGUCCCCACCCACCGCUCAGGGGUGGGGGCCGGGGGGGAGGACAGUAGGUCCCCCCCUUAUUGUUUUAUAAGGGUCCCCACCCACCGCUCAGGGGUGGGGGCCGGGGGGGAGGACAGUAGGUCCCCCCCUUAUUGUUUUAUUAGGGCCCUCACCCACCGCGUAGGGGUGGGGGCCAGGGGGGGAGGAAGUAGGUCCCCCCCCCUUAUUGUUUUAUUAGGGCCCCCACCCACCGCUCAGGGGUGGGGGCCGGGGGGGGGAGGACAGUAGGUCCCCCCCCUUAUCGUUUUAUAAGGGCACCCACCCACCGCGCAGGGGUGGGGGCCAGGGGGGAGGACAGGUACCUGUGUUUUGUUGGUGCCCCCACCCACCCGGCUCUGGGGUGGGGGCCAGAGGAGGACAGUAGGCCCCACAUUAUCUUCAUGGCCCCCACCCGCCGCUCAGGGUGGGGAGGGGGGAGGACAAUAGGUCCGCCCCCCCCUUAUUGUAAUUUGUCAUUUUUUUUCAACAGUGAGCAGCCACAGGCGAGUAGGGGCAUUUGGGAGAUUUGAAUCUCCCUUGUGCUAUUAUGGGGGUCAUAUUGACCCCCAUAGAGUGAGAGGGGGACCUGGGGGGGCUUAUGAAGUGGCGGGGAGCACUGCUCCCUGCCGCUUCUAUCGUUACAUAUUACAAGGAGGGAGCUGCACGCCGGUAGCUCCCUCCUUGUAAUAAACUGAACGAAUAAACUAACACUGAUACAUAGUGUUAGUUUGUUUGGCUGAUCUUUCUAUUCACUCAUUUGUCUGUCUGAUGAAUGAAUGAAUAGAUGAAAUUCCCGUUCGCAUGUCCAGGUGUUUCACUGGGCAUGUGCGGGAAUCUCACAGUCUAUCUAGUGUGGGCUGAUGACGUGUCCCACAGGGACUUCAUCUACCCACACAAAGAUGGCGGCGCCCUGAAUCAAGAUCGGGGCAGAAAAUAAGGAUUAAAAAAUAGGUAAUGUGGGGGGCUUAGGGGCAUUUGGGGGUGACUAGUGGGUCAAUUGGAUGUAGUGGAGGCGGGAGGGGGGUUAAAAAAAAAAAACGGGAUUCGGCAUGACAGUGCCGCUUUAAAGGCCUGGCCAGUGUUUGGCCCUGCUCCCACUCUCCUUGUCAAUCGCAGCCAAUCCAAUGCCUUCCCCAAUGGAAAGCAUUGGAUUGUCUGACAUUGUCAUUUCUGAUGUCCACCAAAGAGGGGGAUUGGGGGUAGGGUCAGCGCUGGCUGACCUGAGCAGCACUGGAAAAAAGUAUGUUUUAACAUACUUAAGUAUGCUUUCUAGGAGGGCUGAGGGGGAGCACCUAAACAAUCGUUUUAACACUAUAGGGUCAGGUAUACAUGUUUGUGUUCCUGACCCUAUAGUGUUCCUUUAACAAGUUAGUUUAACUCACCUUUAGUCUCCCAGCAAGUCAGUCUUUCACAGCCAUCUCCCCUGGCUAAGAUCAUUACAGAUGAUUUUAGCCAAUCGAUUGCAUUCCCUUAGGGAAGCAUUGGCUGGCUUUCAUGCAUACAUAUCUAUAGUGAGUAUUCAAUGUCGUCAUGCAGAGCGUGAAGAUUCUGAACACCGGGAUUACACCUAGAAGGUCUUCUAGUGGCUGUCUGUUUGAUAGUCACUAGAGGUGACACUGUUUUUUCUCAGAAUAGGCAAUGUUUACUUUGAGGCUUCAUGGAUAGUCUCUUUACAGCAGAAUCACUGUGCCAUGCUGUUAAACUUGCAGAAAGAACAUAUUCAAGUUUGGAAUUGACAUAGGUAUUACAUUUUGUGGACCAAAAAGGUUGAGCUGACAAGAUAGUGAAUUUGACAUUUUCAAGCUCAGUUGUUGUAGGUUUAAAUUCGGAAUAAUUAAAGAGGAACUUACUUCCUGAGUGACGGUGUUAACCCAUGACAUCUUGGGUGCACUCUUGCUAGCUAGAGCAUUUGCAGGGACAUUAAGUACGAGCACAUGCUUAUGAAACUGCUGGAAAAAAUGCUGAACAUGUAUUAUGCAUAUAGAACUGCUUGGUGUAACUAAUCUGCAUGCUGUGUGUAGUGUGAUACAAAAAAAAAUCUCUAAUGAAUAAAAAAAAAAAGGUAUUUUUUUUGUUGGAUAUUUGCUUGUUCUAAGAAUUUGAAAGCUACAAUCCUCCGUAAGGAGUUAAAAAUGUACUUAAAUUGUCUCCCUCGCGGUACUCUCUCUGCGGCUGAUCCUACCUCCUUGUCUGAGAUUGUCAAUUUUAAUGAUCUCAGCCAAUCCAAUGAUGCUUUAUUCAGAUGGUUGGCAAUUUCAACAGAGGCACCUCUAGUGGCUCUCAGUGUAUAGCCUUUAGAGGCAUUUUAACCUCCCCUUUUUUUUUUUUUUUAACCAAUUCCUCCAGAAGUAGGCUAGGUGUGCAUAGUGUCUUUUUUUUAAUGUAGCGAUUUUAAUAUAUUGGUCAUCAAUUCUCUGCUGUGUAGAAGUUAAACCACCUUGUUUAUGCAGCUCUUGCAACUCUUCCUAUGGCAAGCAAGGUGCCUGUAGGUAGGUGACUGCUUAGGAGGAAAGAAACACCAGUCCUGCCAAUGGAAGCAGGUGCUAGAGCGAGAGCCCCCUUCCUUGGCCCGGGGCUCAGUCUCUCACUGAACGGAACCCUCUUAUGAGGGGGACCUGGGGAGGACCACCCCCCUCGCCCUCUCUCAGUAAGCCACUCCCUCCAUUGUUUUACCUUUCAUUUGCGAUGUUGUACAAUUAUGUCAUCAAUUUAAAUAUGUUCUUAUUGUUUUUGUUUUUGUAGUUUUUACAACAGUAUAAUCACUACUUGUCCAAUGUCGAGAUCUUCAAGCUGCAGCCUGAUAAAUCCAACAAGGAGUUGUCUACAUUGGUCAUGUUCAUGGCACAGGUGAGUUUCUGCUGAACACAAUAGUUUAUAUUUAUCAAAGUGUUCUGAAAAGUGACUAUUACAUUCUACAAUUAUUUUGAUGGUGUUUUAAAAAGUGAUCUAAAAAGUGAUGGUCUCCUUUGUAAAUUCAGCCACUUCUUGGAGGAAUUUCUAUUUCAGAAGAUUGCCAUAUUUAGUGUGGUGGACAAGAGAAUAGAAACAGAACUCUUUUUUUUUCUGGUUGGAAAAAGUAGCAGAAAAAAUAAUUUACCGGAAAAAAAAGCAUAUAUUUAAUUAAUUAAAUGGUGGUUGGGGUGCAAAAGAAACAGCAGAUGAAAAAAAUUUAAUAAAAUAGAUUUAAUAAAAUACUCCAAACAUUUAAAUACAAAAGUGUCGGAAACAGAGGGAUAGCCAGGAUGGGGUGCUUCUGCCUGUAGGACCAUAUGCUGUCUGUCAUUUCAAAGUUUAAAAUAAUUUCCUCCCUCACAAAGCUCAAUGCUUGUUGUGAUGCCAGGAGUUGCCAUAAAUGGGGGUUUUCAGGGGAAGUAAUAUCUGGAGGUACACUGUUUUUUUCAGCACAGAUGGUUGUGCACCCAGAACAUGAAUUUCUAUAUAUUGGUGCUGCUGUAAAGGCCAAAAUAUACAGCUCACACAUAAAAAUACAGUUUUAAAAUUUGAGGCUGCAUAAAAUCACCUAUCUCAGCAAACAAAUAUGGUCAUUUUGUUCCACUAUUGGGGUCAUAUCGUGUAAAAGCCCACCACUAAAUCACACACAAAUGUGUGAGUAAAAAUGAAAAUUAAAAAUUUACUGCCACAAAUUUUCUCAAUUUUCUUUUGCUAAAACGGCUGCAUCAAAACAUUCCAUAUAGAAUACCUUGGGGUGUCAACUUCUCAAAUAUAUACACGUUCAUGGCAAGAAAAUAAAUUGGGAUAUGUGAAAAGGCCCCUAAAAAGAAGAAAAACACAUGUCAGAAGUUUAGCACCCUCCAAACAACCCAACAAACCUAAGCAUAGGUGGUAUCACUGUACUCAGGAAAUGUUGCUGAACACAUAACAGGAGCUUAGAAUCCAUUCCUAAAGGACAAUGUGAAAGAGAAAUAACACAAAAAAAUGACUACCCAAAAGUUUGACAAAGACUGGUGGUAGAAUUAGUGCAUGGAAAGUGUUAAAAUGCCACCAUUUGAAAUACCCUAGGGUGUCUACAUUUUUCAGAAAAUAUUGUUUGAUGGGCGUAAAUCACAUUGGCCGGCUUAAAAUAUUUCCCAAAUAGGACAUGGGUGCAUGAUGACCAGCUGUGAAAAGUCCAAAUUGGAAAACUAGAAAGGGCACCCUCCAAAUAAGGCAUUUUUAAAAAAUUGUCAUAUUUUCUAAAAGAAAAUUUAUAGUAAAUUAUAUGAUAUGAUGAAAAUAAUGGGAUCUUUAGAAAGACCAUUUAAAGAUGAGAAAAACUGUGUAUAUAAUAUGUGUGGGUACAGUAAAUGAGUAAGUGGAAAACUACAGCUAAACACAAACACCACAUAAAUGUAAAAAUAGCCCUUGGUUCUUAACGGUAAGAAAAUUGGAAAAUGGUCUGGUCACUAAGGGGUUAUGGGGAUGGUAGUGUUCUUUUUAAGGUGUUUCUCUCAUUUAAAUAGGAAUAUUCAUAUUACAGUUUCACUUGACAUCACUUUACUGUACAGCAGGGACACGAUAGAUAAUAUUAUACGAGCUGUAUGCCAAAUGUUUUCCGUUUUCAUACCUGUGCGUUUUGAAUAUAACAAAACAUUUAUAAAACUGGGGGGGAGGCUGCACUCACCUGAAAGCACACAAGAUCCAGCGCACUCCCCUAUCCACUAAACAGCUGUUUAGUGGAUAGGUGAGUGUACUGCAUCUUGUGUAUAACAAAACAUUUAUGACUAUUUUAACAUAAAGUUUUUAAAUGUUAGAUUGUGUAUUUUAUUGAAUUUUAACAUCGUUACACAAACCCAACGGCAGCAUACCUACAGUGUAAUUGUUGGGUGUUUUUGUGUUUCAGACUGCACAUUGUUAUCCUCGUCAUCUUGAAAGCUUUCCCCAGCAGCUGAAAUCACUGCUCUGUUCACAUCACUCCGUGAUGGAUCCGGACCUACGAAUGGUAUUUAUAUUGCUUUCAUUUCACCAAUUUGCCACCUAUUAAUAACAUUAUGACAAUAACUGGGCUCUUUCCAGUGACCAAGGCAUUUCACCUCUGUCAGCUGGAUUGAAAAUGCUGAAUUAACACUAUCGUGUUGUUAGUGUCUGGAAGGCUGGGUUAACCUUCCUCCAGCACUCUUAAACAAUGAAUGCUGCCCAGGUUUGGGUGAGAUUGAUUUGAAAAAUGUUGCCUAAUAAAAAAAAAAAACUGUCACAGGUUUGGUCGGGAAUGGGAGCAGACCAGAGCAGCAACUUCUAUAGGUUGCUACAUGGAAUGCAAGAAAACCACACAAAUCAAGGAAAAAAAUAAGUGUUCUGUUAUUUACCAGGAACACAAUCCAAUCAAAUACAAGCUCCGGUAACUCGGUAUAAGAGAAGGGAGCAGGGAAGGCAGCGUGCUUUAGCUAUUCAGGAAAGCAGCUUGCCCAGGAACUCAGGGAAGCAGCAUGUUCUGGGACACUGAGGGUAAUAGGAAAAAAAUGAGCUCUGGGAUCCUGAGGGUAAUAGAAAAAAUGAGCUCUGGGAUCCCGAGGGUAAUAGGAAAAGCAGCAAGCUAUCGGCUUACUUAGGACAACAGGACCAGACCAUAAACAAAAUGAAUGAACUGGCAAACAAGGCGUAAGACUAGACUAAAUAGAGAGAAGAUAAUUGCAAAGCAAGGCCAGCUGGGAAGAUCUCUCAGGCUGUGUGCAACAAGCUACAACAACCCCACAGAAAGGUAGUGGCACGGUGAGGUAUUGCACCAGACUUAUGAAAGAAAACAGAAUCCUGACACAAACAAAAACUCUUGUGAUAUUUAAGUGUAAAUGUUGAUACUGCAUCUCUAAAUACUCUGUAUAAAUGUGCAAUGCUCAUUUAGUGUAAUCUAUUAAAGGAACACUCCAAGCACCAUAACACUACAGCUCGCUGUGGUUAUGGUGCCUGGAGUGCCCUGAUAUCCAUAAAACUAAAUAGUGCGAUGUGACAACUUAGCUGGAUACCCCAGGCUCCUGUGCUGCAUCUGGUCUUCUGCAGAAAUAUCUGGAUGUCUUAAAUGAGCUAAGCAGGUCUGUAGAACAGUACUCAUUUCUUGAGACACUCGGAUGACUUUCUCAUAACAGCAAUUUUUAGUUCAAUGAAGCUAACUAGAUUCUCCUCCUAGAGAAUCUGAAUGCAGGACUAUGACACGACCCAAGAGUUUCACAAGUUACUCUGGGAGGGUGGCAAAGAACUUCUGGCACCAGGUUUGGAAUGCUAGCUUAAGAUUUUAACCCCUUAAGGACCAAUCUUCUGGAAUAAAAGGGAAUCAUGACAUGUCACACAUGUCAUGUGUCCUUAAGGGGUUAAAGACCUUCUUACCCUUACAAUCUCAGGGGAAAUAAAAUGAAUCUGUUUUUUCAGCUCUGAAAGUCAAGGAAUGUGUGACCAGAGCACAUUGAGCAGAGGCAACUGAAACAAAAUACUGUAAAGUUGGCGGACAGGCACAAAUCUGUUUUGAGAAAAUUUUGAUAGAGAAAAAAAAGCAAUCAGUUUGAUUAAACUAAUAUGUUCUGAUAGCUUUGAAGGUGUUUAUGGUGAUACUCUUCCUGACUGCUUAUUACACACAGUUACAGGCCUUGCUGUGAUUGCUAGGUACACAUUCUUACUGUUGUUUGUAUUCUGCAGACUUUGUGCAAAGCUCUGAUCUUGUUAAGGAACAAGGAUUUAAUAAGCCCCUCUACUAUUCUGGAGCUGUUCUUUGAACUUCUGAGGUGCCACGACAAACUUCUUAGAAAGGUAAGACACAAUGGGUAUGGAUAAGUUUGUUAGAGUAAUCCUUUUUUCAUUGGGUUCCAGUCCAUAAACGCUCAAGUGUUUAUUAGGUCAAAGCUGAACAUUAUGGGGAAUUUUCAGGAUAAAAUAUAUAGCAUGUAGUAUUUAUCCCACUAUUAGCUGACACGUGUGACUGAUCCCACAAGGAAGUGGGCUGAAUAACAUAAUGAUGGCUGGGGGCAUCUCCACGUGCUCAUGUAGUGUUGUUGUGUUUUUUUGUAAUGAUGGCAUCAUGUUAUAUUAAAGCUAGCAAUUUCUGAGAUUUAAAUAGAUUUUUAUUUUAUUUUUUCUUGGAACAAAACCUUAUUUUUUUUUUUUUUUUUUUUUAAUGUCUAACACUUUCUUUGUUAAAGCGGCACUGUCAUGCCGAACUUACCUUUCCUCAAUCUCUUCCUCUUCUCCUCCUCUCUCAAGAUCUGUUCUUCUUUUCUUCCUGUCUUCUUUAGUUUUCUUUAAAAUCAUAAGACAAAGUAGGGACUCUUUGCCUUAUGGAGGUUUCCUCCGCUUGACCAGCUUUUACCAGCGGAGGAGCAAAGUGUGCUUCAUUUCCGCUGGUCAGAGCAAUUUUCCCACAAUUCUUACCUUUCCUCUGUGAUCUUGCAAUGCUUCCUGUCAUUUUAGACGAAACUGCCGAAUUGCGUUCUAACUGAAUGAGAACAGUAUGUUCGUUUCUUUUAGAACUCAAUUCGGCACUUUGUUUGAAUAUUGGAUGAAUGAAUGAAACAAAGAUGGCGGUGCCCUGAAUAUAGAUUGGGGCAGAAAAUAAAGAAUAAAAAAAUAGGUAAUAUGGGGGGCUUAGGGGCAUUUGGUGGUGACUAAGGGGUCGGUUAGAUGUAGUGGAGUCGGGAGGGGGGUUUAAAAAAAAAAAAAAAGAAACGGGAUUUGGCCAUGACAGUGCUGCUUUAAUUAUGGUCCAUAUACUACCGCUGAUUGGAAUAAUUUCAGAAACAUUAGAAACUAGACAGAAUUUUUUUGAAUGCUAACAUUCUAAUGUUUAAAAUAAAUAUAAUUUUUUAUGUUGGGAUUAAGCUUGAUUAAACAUUAUAGGCAUUAUAAAAGAGCUUUGCAGCAGCUGGUGAUCUACAUUCUGACUCUCUCUGGUGUCCUGGAAAGUGAGCCGAGUGUUCCUGAGUACAAUUCAACUUUCUAAUGUUGCCUUUGUAUUGUCCUAUAUUACUAACCCAGAGCUAUGUUAAUAUUUUUUUCUCCUUUCUAGACAUUAUAUACUCAUAUUGUGACAGACAUAAAGAAUAUAAAUGCCAAACACAAGAACAACAAGGUUAACACGGUAAGUGUUGGUGUUUGGUGUUUUUUUUUCUCCAUAUCUUAUAGUGCAUCAUAAAAAAAAAUAGCUUUAAGUAACCCAUUCUUCUCUUUUGACAGACCUUGCAAAACUUCAUGUAUACGAUGCUGAGAGACAGUAAUGUCAUAGCAGCAAAGAUUUCCCUAGAUGUCAUGGUUGAACUGUAUAGGAGAAAUAUCUGGUAAGGAGAAAUAGCAUUAUAUUUUAAUGUUUUUGAGAUAUCUUACACUUGUGUUGAAUCAAUGACCAAUGUCCUAAAAAGUGAAUGGAAGUGUAACAUUCUUCAAUAUUAACCAGCCUUUGAACUAACAAAGCUGCAUUCAUGGCACUAUUGCUCACUCUGUCACCCCCCCCUCGAUCGCGUCCAACCCUGCCAACAUAAAGGGUUAAAAACACUUUACUUACCUGAUCCCAGCAUUGUCCCUCUGCACUGUGUCGCAGCUCUGCCUCAUCUGAUGUCCCGCAAUGAGUGGGUGUUAAUGCGCAGCCAGUGCAGCACAUGCAUUAGUCCAGGGAUCAUCAAACUGUGGCCCUCUAGAUGUUGCUGAACUACAACUCCCAUGAUUCUUUUAAUUACAUAGAUAGCCAGAGAAUCAUGGGAGUUGUAGUUCAGCAACAUCGGGGGGGGGAGGGGCAGGGUUUGAGGACCCCUGCAUUAGACCUAUCCAUAGGAAAGCAAUCAAUAAAUGCCUUCCUAUGGGGAAAUAGCUGACGCUGGAUGUCCAGCGUCCAUUACCAGAUAAAGUCUGUUUGCAGCCAGGAAGCGCCUCUAGUGGCUGUCUCUGGAACUACAUUGCUUCUCUGGAACUACAAUGUUUAACAUUGCAGCACUAAGUGCAAUAGGGACACUACACCCAGACCACUUCAAUGAGCUGAAGUGGUCUGGGUGCCUAUAGUGUCCCUUUAAUGACUUCUACUGAUGCUUGCCAAAUAUGCAGUGUUGAUUGUAAUCAUUACAUAUUUUACUUUGUACAAUUUACUAAUAACAAGGCAUUGUCAACCCUUUACUGAAUGUCUCUUAUAGUACUUUUUCAUGUAUUGCCUUAAUUUUACAUGUAUUUUUUGUUUGUUCUAGGAAUGAUACCAAAACGGUCAAUGUAAUUACAACAGCCUGCUUCUCCAAAGUUACAAAGGUAUUAAUUUAAACAAAUAAAUGUUCAAUGUGUUUUACUGUUUUAGUUUCAUUUCAAAUGCUGGAUGUUUUGUAACUUGCAAAGGGUGCUUUAACGGGGACCUGCCCCAUUAGAAACCUCCAAAAAUGCUCCAGAACUGCUGAACGCUGUUGGAGAAAGUCUCACUGUGUGUCUGACUUUCUCCACUAUAAAUUUAUACUGCGCUCAUACAGCUUGGCUUUUUCCUCUGCAAAAGUAAAUUACUUUAAUACCCUCAUAACCACACUCUCCCGCAAACCCAAAAUCACGAUUUCACACAUUUAACUCUCUUCUUCGCCCUAUUGUUCCUCCUCUACCUACUAACUUUACCGCCUCAGACUUUGCAACUCACUUCACUGACAAGAUCUCUACAUCAGGGUAGAGAUCUCUCAUCUUUCUUCUUCACCUUACAAUACUUCCCCAAUCCUGACUCCCUCUGCUGUUCUAUGUUCAUUCGCACCCGCUACAGCAGAAGAGGUUUCUGCUCUGCUCCAGUCCUCCUGCCCCACCACCUGCUCCCUAGAAUUCCUCACAUCUCAUCCAUACUCUUUCUUCUUCUUUCUCCACUUCUCAAUCUCUCUCUCUCCCCUCUGGCAUAUUUCCAUGGCCCUUCAAACAUGCAACUGUAACCCCAAUUCUAAAGAAGCCCAACCUUGACCCUAACUCCCUGUCCAACUACUGUCCUAUCUCGCUACUGCCUUUUGCGUCCAAGAUCCUUAAAAGAAUUGUGUGUAAGAGAUUGACAGACUUCCUCAAGUCCAACUCUCUGCUAGAUCUGCUUCAGUCUGGUUUCCACGCUAUCCAAUGAUCUACUCGCUGCAAAAUCUCAUGGUCACUACUCUAUCCUAAUUCUCCUUGACCUUUCUGUGGCUUUUGACACUGUUGAUCAUCAACAGCUUCUUCUAAUCCUCCGCAAUAUCGGUCUACAAGAUAUUGUUCUCUCCUGGUGCUCCUCCUACCUCUCCCUGUGCUCAAAUCUUUCCCCCCCCCCCAACUCCUCUCUGUUGGUGUCCCCCAAGGCACAGUCCUUGGUCCCCUACUGUUCUCUAUCUAUACUGCCUCCCUUGGUAAACUCAUUAGAUUUUUUGGCUUCCAAUAUCAUUUCUAUGUGGAUGACAUGCAAAUCUACCUGUACUCUCCUGAUCUCUCCCCGUCCCUCUUGACUAGUGUCUCUGACUGCCUCUCUGCUGUUUCUAACUGGAUGGCUGCCCACUUCCUUAAACUCAACUUGACCAAAACUGAAAUUCUGGUCUUUCCUCCCUCAAGUGUUGUUACUCCUGUGUCUGUCUCCCUCCAAGUCAACGCUGCUACCAUCAGCUCCAUCACACAGGCUUGCUGCCUAGGUGUUCUCUUUGACUCCGACCUCUUCUUCACGCCUCAUGUUCAGUCUAUCGCCAAAUCCUGCCGCUUCCAUCUCAAAAAAAAUUGCGCUCAUCCGACCCUACUUAGCGCCAGAUGCGACUAUCAUGCCGGUCCAUUCCACUGUCCUUUCUCUAAUUCUGGUUUUAGCUUUCAAAUCUCUACAUAAUGCUGCUCCACCUAUCUAUCCUCCCUAAUACAUAAGAUCUACGAUCUGCUGAAGACUUACGUCUAUCUUCUGUCCGUACUCCCAUCUCUGGUGCUCGCCUUCAAGAUUUCUUGAGGGCUGCACCAUUCCUGUAGAACUCACUUCCCUCCUCUGUUAGAUGCUCACCCAGUCUCCACUCCUUCAAAAAAUCAUUAAAAACCCACUUCUUCAUAAAAGUGUAUCAAUUAAACUGUUAAUAGCUCCCAUCUGAUUCCUCUCUUGCAACUGUCAUUAGUCUAAUACUAUCAUUACCUUUUGUGUAACUUUACUCCACUCCCUUUAGCAUGUAAGCUCUUUGAGCAGGGCCCUCAACCCCUCUGUUCCUGUGUGUCCAACUUGUCUGGUUACAACUACAUGUUUGUUCGUCCACUCAUUGUAAAGCGCUGCAGAAUUUGUUGGCUCUAUGUAAAUAAUAACAUAAUAAUAAUUGUCUGAUUAUAGUCGUGCUCGGUAGAAAGUUGCUAUACUUCUCUAAGCCUAUCUAUCCUCUCUGCACCAUCAUAUUUUUAUUCUUGGUCAUCAGCCCCUUGCAGCUUCCAUCUACCAGAAGCUACAACAUCUCACUGUUGUACUGUUGCAUGCACAAUAGUAUAAAGUGGGACAUUGUGGUGUGUGUGUUUUUACUUUACAGAUAAUAUGCAUUAUAUUGUCUACGGGCUCAGAUAACAUAGCAACAACAAAAUAACAUGGACCUCGAUAUUAUUUUUGAAUAAGGUUUUCAAAUGAUUACCAUAUGUUGGAUAACUAAUUUGAAACCUCUUUCUAUCAAAUCGUUAUCAUUUCAAAAGUUUAUCCAAAAAUAUUAAAUCGUGGCCUUAGGUCACAGUUUCAAUUGAUUUUAUAAAGGAAACACUAAUGUAUGAUGAUUAGUCUACUGUGUAAAAAGCUGUGCUGGAGAAUAAAAUACUCCAGUAGCAUUUACUGAGGUGAGUUAAAAGGCACUGAUCCCAACACAAAGGUUGCUGUUUUUCUUUGUUUCAUUUUUGUCUUCUGUUUUAUUUUAAACAUUAUUUUUUAAUGGUUGACACCUUUCUUUACAAAGAUUAUUUUAUAAUUGCACAAGAUCUUUCAUGUAAUUUUUUUAACAUGUUGUUGUUUUGGAAUGAUUAUGGAGAGACUUUUUUUUUUUUCUUUUUAUAGGGUUACUCCAAACACCAUGAUUUGAAGUGGUCAUGGUGCAUUGAGUCUGUAUGUGCAGUGUUUUUGCUUUGAAGAGCUGCCCAUACAUAUAAAUUAACCCCUCUGCUGCUGGAGGUAUAACGUCAUAUCUGCCAGCAUCACAGGGGCCUAAUUAGCCAGGACGAACUAGAGUUCUAUCCUACCCUCAGUCCAGCCACCUUGAACUCCCUCAGAAAAAUAUCGGACUGAGGGAGGACUUGGCCCGGGUAAUAGAGAUUUCUACCAAUCCAUGGAAAGGAUAUCAUUCCAAUAAAUAUUUGUUGUAUAUAAGCAAGAAAAGCAUUUUUGGCCUGGUCAGAAAUCAUGUAAAUCUAACCUUUUCUCCUCAGAUUCUUGUUGCUGCACUGAAAUUUUUUCUUGGAAAAGAUGAGGAUGAGAAAAAAGACAGUGAUUCCGAUUCAGAGGUCAGAAUUUUCUCUACUGUCUUUUUUUAUAAAGAUCGAAAUCUAUUUAUGUAAACUCAUUCACAUCUAUCUAGUAUGCUUUCUACCACUUGUGAAGAACAGUACACUUUAAGAAUAUAAUUGACAUAACAUUUUGAAUAUGAAAUUUAGUUGAUACAACAACUAGAAUAACAACAAAAUGGAAACUCUUAAACUCAGAAAUAUACAUUUAUUUUAUGAGGGAGAUUGGUACAAGCUUCCAGUUGUCACUGUGUUAAUAUACAUAUAGCUGAAAAUUAACUAGAGGUCUCUCCAUAACCGAUCUUAUUAAAGAAUGAAGAUGGCCCCACGGCUAGAGACCUAAUAUUGAGAUACUCUACUGGGAAAAAAAAUACAAAGAGUAAGAAGAAGCUGGAGAAGGCCAUGAAAGUAUUGAAGGUAAGCCUUGAAUGCAGACUCAUCACUUAGAUGCACCUUUUACCGAGGAAGGAAAAAUAAACAGUUCUGUGAUGUCCAUGAAGGUAUUGAUACAUUAUCAGCUUAGGCUUGUUCAAUUAACAAACAUGGUAUUUGUUAUAUUUCACAGAAACAUAAAAAGAAGAAAAAGCCAGAGAUAUUUAACUUCUCAGCCAUUCAUUUGGUACAUGAUCCCCAAGGUAAGCUUUGCAUUUAUUGAAUUAAAUGUACAACUCGAAAGCCCAUGGUAUGCAGCAGCACUGUGAAAUCUGCCUUCUGUACCAUGUAUAAAGCAAUGUAAUAUUGUUAUAUAAAGAUCUAAUCCACAACGUAUGCUAUAAAUCCCAUAAUCCAUGGCUGUCAUUCUACAAAUGUCUGGCAACAAAAUAAGGUUUGUAUGUUCUGGAAAAAUAAAUUGGCCAAUCUAUAUUAUAUUCUUAAAUAGCGUGUCCAGGUCACUAGCCCCCUGUUAAGUGCAAUCCCGGUUUAUAUCUCCUGCACAUAGUACAGAUAGUAAUGGAACACUCAAGACAAUACUUCUCUAACGAUGCAUAAAUUAAAUGGAUGCACUUUUAAAGCAACCUGUGUAUUUUAUUUGAAGGUAUGCUCAUCCUUUUUUUUUUUUUUCUUGCAAUCAAGGUUUAAGUUACAGAUCUAACCUUAUCACAGCAAAGAGUCUAAUUAUGGUGGUGGUUGUAAACCUCAUUUAAUUCUCCCCGCAAUCUAUGUUCUUUUCCACUUAACCUCUGUAGUACAUGCUCCUAUUAGUUGAGCUGGUUUCUUUGCCCAGUCCUGUUAAUGAUCACUAUUGGGAUGUCAGAAACCUGUCUAAUCCAAAUUGAUUGCAGGUCAGUAAAUUUAUUUUGUGUAUGACAAUCUUUGUAGGGCAUAUAAAUUCGCUUUUAUAGGCAUUCAGUCUUAGAAGGGCUACAUUGGACCAACUGUUUCUUGUUUCAGAUUUCUCUGAGAAGCUGUUGAAGCAGUUGGAAUCCUCAAAGGAAAGAUUUGAAGUGAAAAUGAUGCACAUGGACCUGAUUUCCAGAUUGGUUGGGAUCCAUGAGGUAAAGACUUUCCCUACAUUUAAAACUAUUUCCUGUUUUAUCCUGCGUUGGGGUGGACCAGAAGAAGGAGCUCUUCUUUUAAGGGAGAGGGAUUUUACUGUGUGCUGCCACUGAGAAUUAUUAAAUCUCUGCUCUUUGUCCCCAUGUUAUGUAUUUUGAUCAUUUUGUUCUUGCAACUUUGGAAAGCCUCUUACUAUAGCAACUAUAACAGUAUUCCAGUCUAUUAAUGGAAACUGCUAACUACUAAUCAUUUUGGCAUUUGCUACUUUAUACUAAAUAUUUCACAUAGAUUAAAGGAACACUUCAGGCACUCAAAUUGCAGCAGUGCAUGUGAUCUAAAUCUUAACGGGUGAGAUCUUUUUAUUUUAUAUUUAUUGUUUGAUACCAAAUACAAACGGUGCAAAGCAAAUAAGAUACAGUGGGGUGUUUUUUGUUUUCUUUUGUUCUGUAGAAAUGAAUGGAACAAAAAAAGAGAACUGCUUACACAAGCAACUGUGAAUAGCUCAUUUUACAUUUUCCAAGUGAUUUUGACAUUUGACUGCUAAAGUAUUAAUCUCUUUGCAUGAUAUGCCGUCUGACUAAAAGCAAAUCAUAGCGAUUUGAAAACCAUAUUGCAAAAUAUAGGCAAACUUUUUUUUUUUUUUUAUCUGGAAAAUAUACUCUACUCUGCUCACAGCUUGGCUUUUUGUUGAUUUCAUAACACAAGUGCAUGAUUACCUUAGUUUAUUUGCUUUUCUUUAUUCAUUUAUUUAACUGAUCUAUUUACUUUUCUUUAUUACAGCUUUUUCUCUUUAACUUUUAUCCAUUCAUACAAAGAUUUCUCCAGCCUCAUCAAAGGGGUAAGCCAUUUUAAUGCCAGCAACCACUGAUUGCCUUUUUUUGUGUGUCAAUCUUUGUUUAUUAGUAGUAGGCGAUACAGAAAUAAGAAAUAGAAUAGCAUUUAAACAACACGGUAAGGUACAUUAGUUUGAGUGAAUACCUUCUUCAGGCUGCUCCCCCCGCAUACACAUUGGGGGUUAGGUGGCUGAGUACUUUCGUGCGUUGGUGAAUGGACUUUAUUUUGCAUGACCCCUAGUUAUCUAAUUUGCGGAGGUACACUGUGCCUCCUUUGGAGGGUAUGGGAAGUACAGAGGUGUUACAAUCCCAUAUCUCAGUCUCUGUGCCCUUGUCCUACAUCCCAGGGAUCCCUGUGCCUUUUUUCCUGUGUUUGUUUGUAGUGUGUGUCAGGGGUCAUGUGGGUAACCCGUCUUUUUCCGUAGAGACUCGUCUGUUCUCUCUGCCUAUUGUCUGUCAUAUGUCAUAUACCCUUGGGGGUUGUUGUGGGUCUGUGUAACCUGCUCGUGAAUGGCGUGUUUGCCUCCAGUUCGCGUACCCUAACGAAGAGUCCCCAGUAUGUGUCAGAGGUGGAGAAAAUAGUGGUAUAAAGAGGGGAAGGGGGUGAGGAACAGGCUGGAUUGGAAUGUCUUGUGAGUCGCCCCUAUCCAUCACGUCGCGAGCACGCCCCCGGUGGGUUGGUUCCUAGGUUCGUCCCUGUUGCACAGGUAGUACGUCCAUGUCCUCCAGAUCUCCUCGUGUUUCUCCUCUCACUGCCGCUAUUUCGGCUUCCACUUGCCUGAUUUCCUCCCACUGAUUGUAUUUGAAGUGCCAUGUUUCAAGAGCAAAGGCUUUAUGUACUGUGCAGUAUAUGAAAUGGUGUGGAAACCACAAGUAAUGUGUGAAAAAAAAAAAAACACAAUUAAAAUAUAGGUAGAUGGGUGGAAGAAGUAUAGAUAAACAUACGGGUGAGAAUUCUGGUGGCCACAGUUUUCCCCAGUUCUGUACUAAUCACUGUCUAUUGCUUUUUAGAGGUAACAAAGAUUCUUUUGUUUGCUGCUCAAGCCACUCAUCAGUUAGUGCCUCCAGAAGUAAGUACAGAUCCUUUCCACAUCUUCUACAAUAUAUAAAAAAAACCUCCCUGCACAGCUUCACACACACACACACACACACACACACAACAGAAUAGAGUUUCUAAAGAAAGACAACUUUGUUUUCUCCCCAGGUUGCACAGUCUGUGCUGAUGACGAUUGCUAAUAACUUUGUUACAGACCGAAACUCAGGAGAGGUUAUGACUGUUGGGUAAGAUUGUACACGGGCCACAAUAUAAAAAUACAUUAUUUAUAUUAAUAUACAGUCCAUACUACUGCUUUUAUUUGUAUGGCUAAUGGUAAGCCACUUCCAUAUCUCUAAAACAUGUAUUUUCCAUUUUAACUUGUGCUGGUAUUUCUCAGAAUAUUUUUCCCUUCUAUUAGUUUGUUAUAAAUGUUUAUUUUAAUUUGUGGUUUCCUUUUGCAGGUUAAAUGCCAUCAAAGAAUUGACUGCUCGAUGUCCAUUAGCGAUGACAGAAGAUUUGCUUCAAGAUCUAGCACAGUACAAGACACAUAAAGAUAAAAGUGAGUUGUAGUUUGACAGAACAGUUCAUACAGGAAGUAACUAAAGCAGUGGUUUCCAAACCUGUCCUCAAGGCACGACUACCAGUCUAGGAUUUAGGGAUUACCCAGUUGUGUCUAAGGUGUUUUUAAAAAGGAAAACUUCCUACUCUCUGGCAAUAGUAGCCAGGUAAGUAGUUAAACCAUUCAAAAAACGUUGACUGCUUAAACAGGACACUCCUGGCACCAUAAUCACUAUAACAAUCUUUAAUCUUCAUGUUUCUUGGAGUGUUCCUAAGGGUUUCAGGAGAUGUUCUAAAACACUUUUUUUUUAAAAUUCUUAUUUUAACUGUGUUUGAAGAAUGUGUUUUGUACCUCUUUCACUGCUUUUAAAUUGUUUAAUGUUCAUAAUAUUUAAGCAAUGCCUCAAACUAAUAGUUUUCUACAUACAUGUAAUCCUGAUUUAAAAGGAAAACUGUAUAAUUUUGUGUCUCCAAUUAGAUGUCUCCAUGUCUGCCAGGUCAUUGAUACAGCUCUUCAGAUCAUUAAAUCCUAACAUGUUGCAGAAGAAAUUCCGGGUAGGUCAUUGUAAACACUAUUCUAAAAUCGAUGUUAAUACACAUUGCAGACGUGCUUAUCCUGGGAAGGUAAUUAAAUUAGGGGCACGCUUUUAACAAUAAACUGUAUUGUUAAUACUUAUAGGGUAAACCAACAGAGGCCUCCACUGAGGCACGAAUUCAUGCGUAUGGAGAGUUGGUUGCAAAAGACUAUAUUCCAGGGGCAGAAGUUCUGGAAGUCGAAAAAGAAGAAAACAAAAAUGAAGGCGAAGAUGAUGGUAAAUUAAUACCUACCUUUAAAAAAAAAAAAAAAAAAUUUUAAAAAAUACCUUUUUGUAUUUUUCUGCAUCCACGGUACAGGUAACGGCAAAAAAAAAUGAAAUUUCUUUUUAUAGAUGGAUGGGAGAGUGCAAGUCUUAGUGAUGAUGAUGAGGAUGGAGAAUGGAUAGAUGUUCAUCAUUCCUCAGAUGAAGAACAUCAGGAAGUUGUAAGUAGUGGGCCAAUACAGUCUUUAUGCUUGUGUUUUGUGUAUUUGGAUAUUCAGAUUGAUUCUGGGAUGGACACUCCCUUUCACACACUCACUCAUUCUCUAUCUCUCUCUGAAUUUGCCUGGAAAAGAUUUCCAUAGAGAACUCGUCUUGAAAGUUCUCAUUUUUUUGUUUUUCAAUACAGGAAAUGUGAUUAUAUUCCUGGGAUCCUAAAACCUCCUAUGAUAGGGGUUGGAAAAUGUUUAAAAUACAUUUGCCCAGCUUUUACAUUGUGGCAUUACUCCUGGGUAGCUCUUUACCUAUUGGCUCCGAGGAAAGUAAGAAAUCAGGUGUAAAUAAGAAAUGACUCCAGUCUUUUUUUUUUUUUUUCCUGUCCUCUCAGCAGGUCAGGAAUACCUAUUUAGGUAUUUCAGUUCACCUUGCUGCUUUUUCAUGUAGCAUUUUUUUACAUUCAGCCUCUUCUCAGAAUCCCCAGGGAACAGCUCUGUGCAUGUUGACCUUCUGGGGACUAGUCGUAGUUACUGCAGACUUUAGUUACUGGGCUAGUUAUAUAGCUGUUGUGAUGUGAGUUGCAUGCUAUCCCACAUGUCUCCCUACUCCUGAGAGCUUUUCUCAAGGCUAACAUACCUAUCCUUGUUCUGUGCAGCCGUUGCUUAUGCCUUUUCUCUUUCUUCCAUUUUCUGGUAGUCUAGAGUUGUGUGGCUAAUCUCCCCUUAGCUUCAGUGUUCAAUGCUAGUACACUGCUGGCUGGAGUAAUGGGGCUGCUCCCUUCCUCUUCCCUCUUAUUCUCUCUGUCUGUAUCAUUUUUUUUAUGACUAAUUGCUGUGUAACUACUUUAUAAUUGAAAAACAUUUUCUGAUGUAAGCAUUUCUUAAAGAAAUAACAUUAGCAAUUUAACUCAAAGGCAGAGAAAAUCCAAGCAAUGCCGGAGGAGGAAAGGAAAGUCAAGGCUUCCGCAGUCAGUGGAAGCAGAUUUCUCACCCAGGAAGAGUUUAAGAAGAUCCGGAUCGCUCAAAUGGCCAAAGAAAUUAAUGCAGCUCCAGGAAAAUCUGAAAAAAGGAAAAACAUUGAAAUUGACAGUAGUGAUGAUGAACGCAAGUAUGUGUAUUCUCUUAACCACAAGUACAUAGCAAUCUACAGGUUAAAAUGCAGGCAUCACAUUUGUAUCCUUACUCCGUGUGCUUUACACGUAUUGCUGUAUAGGGUAGCAUUUACAGAUUAUGUAGUGGCUUAAAGAACAUUUUAGAAAUUGUUUAGGAGAUUAGAGAUGGUUUCAUACUGAUGGAAACUCCUGCUUUAUAAAUUAAUGUUUUAUUGGUAUUGUGUUAGCCUGUUAACUAAAUAAAUGUUAGAGGAAGCAUCUAAACAUUGCAAAGUAGAGGAGUGAAGGCAGCAUGGUGUCUCUAAUAAGUCUAUUCACUUAAAGGGACUCUAUAGGCACCCAGACCUUUUCAUGUCAAUGAAGUUGUCUUGAUGCUGGAAACAAUAUAAGUAAAAGCAUAGUGCUGUUUUAUAUAUUUUUAAAGAAAUGGGGAACUUCUAGUCUUGAAGAAAAGAUUAUUUCAGAACAAUAGUUUUAACAGUGGAUCGUAGUGCAUGAUAAGCCAAGAUUGCUAAAUUUAGGCCAGAGUUACAAUGCUGGGAAUAAAGACCCAUGAUUGUAAUGUUUCAUUCGAUUACUGACAAAAGCAAGUUUCAAGCAUAUUUGUAAACUUAAUUGAACGCUCCUUGGUUACCUAGCAAACUAUUUCUCUGUAAAUUAUAUCUGAUGUUUGAAUUUCAUACCUUUCUUCAAUAAUUCCUAUUCUUGCUUCAAUUCCAGGGGUGAGCUACUUUCGCUUCGAGAUAUUGAGCACCUGCAUAAGAAACCAAAAACUGACAAAGAAACAAGACUUGCCACAGUCCUGGUAAAGAUCUUUUACAUGAUGCAUCACUAUUUCUAAACUAUUCAUGUCAUCCAUAUGUUUCCCCUUAUCAGCUAGUUUUGGUAGAAUAAUGUAUGAUUGGUAGAUUCCAGAAACACCUAACAGAUAGGUAAUGGGUAUGUCAUCACAUAGUCCUGCCUUUCUAUGUUGUGUUCCAUUCCCUCUUUACCUAUAUACAGUGUAUUGCUGAUGCUCUCUAGGAACUCGAUGGAAGCAUAGCUGGAAAAAGUACACAGCCAGGUAUUACACGUGACCCAGAUUUGUGAGGGACUGGAAUUUUUGGCACUUGUAUUCUGAAUGUGUGGCAGCUUUGGAUCCGCUAACCAAAUCUCUUCUUUCUGGUAGUGUGGUUGAUAUGUCAAGAAAGGUGCAGGGAAGCAGUGCCUGUAUUAUUGUUCUCAGAUCCAAGGAAGUAUGUGAAAUAAGCAGAGAGAACGUAAUAUAGUGUAGUAUGUUAUAAAUUCUGUUUAGCUAUGAAAGAAACAAAUUGCACUUACAAUUUUCUGGAGCUUAUGUUCAGCUCCAGAUUUAUGCGACGGAACAAUCCCAGUCUGUGGAUAUGGAGUUGGCUCCUUGUGCUUGUUAGCAGAUGUUGUUCCCAGUGCUCUUCGUUGUUAUACCGCAAUCUAGCAGUCAGAUGUCCUCAGUAUACAGGAGAAGAAUUUAAAACAAAAUCUAGUGCUCCAAGAGAAAAUUCUUCAGCUGGUAUCCGUGAAUUUAAACUAAGGUUGUGAGAAGAAUGAGGCGCAGACAAAUCGAUAAUUAGACGUUGUUUAUUAGAGGUGCUAUUGGUAACCACUCUAAUAGGAUUUGUCCCCCAACUGUAGCAAUUCAUCAACUGCAGUUGGGUUGUUUGUGGCUGAAAGUAAGUUGGUGCAUUCUAGAGUGCCUGUGGGGUGUUCUAUGAGCACUGUAUGAAAACUGUUGGAGAAAACAGAAAUAAACCAAGUGGGGAGAGAAGGGGGUUGUCAAUGUUAAUCUCAGUCAGUCACUUCUUAUGGAAAAGCUUAGAGGGGCACAUGGCUUUUGGAUGUGCCCUAAGGCAAAUGUGCAACAACCUGCAGGCUUUGUAGCCCAGGAAUACGACUGGUUUGGCUAGCUUAUCUCUUUGGCCCCUGUCCUGACUGAUGGAGGGGGUUUUGGAAGGAUCUGUUUUCCAGGGACACACGUUGGAGGAGUGAGUGGUGGAGGAACAUACUGCACAAGAUGGGGACCUCAGGCCGGCAAAAUGCCUGCAGAACAACUGUGUCCAACUGACUCCAAUCAAUACGGUUACUAAACUGGGCCAGAGCUGCUGCUGCUGCUUUAGAUGACACCGACCUGUGAUCGUCGUAGAAGUCGAAAGCCCCAUAUUUGUGCCCCUGGUCCACCACUGGUCAGCAAAUGACAUCUCUGUAUAACCCAAAGCCGAGAAUGAAUUCAGGGAUGGAUUGUUUUUUUUUUUUUUUAAUUGAGAUGAGGAUCCCUGGUUUUGAGGACCACAGAAAUGUCUCUGUAAUUAAAGGCCCUAUUUUCCAGGAUGUCCUGCCAAGCAAUGAGGAGAGAGACUAGGCUGACAUUUUUGCCUUUCAGAAUGUCUUUCUUAAUGGCAGUGGGAACGGAGUGUGCGGGAGCAAUAACUCGUGGGGGGGGAGGAGGGGGGUGUGUAUUAGUAACGGCACUACCCUGGGUGUAUGCAGGUGUGGAGGCUAGAACUUCAGAUGCGCUGCUAGUAGUAGGGAUGAUGUCCCUAUCAAUAUAGAACUGGCACGUUAGCUAGUGCCGGUGACUAACUUAACUACCCCGUGACAGUUGAAUCCCUGCUAGUUGCCAAGUGGUGAUGAGAGGCUCUACCUAUGAUUUGGCCCAUGGGGGAUAGUGGCCACGAAUUGUUGUGGUUGGGUGUUUGCAUCUUGGUGACCGUAAAGAGUUAAAAAUGAAUAGCCGUGACAUGUGACCCCUGAAGAAGGGGAUAUAGGGUAGAUUUAUCUAAAUGUAGGGGCCUUGUGGAGAUACCUCAGCGAGAGGUUGGGAAUAGGCCUUGCGUGAACAUGAGUAAGUAAUACAAUAAGGCCAGCUCCUAACCCUUUGCAGCCAGUUCUCUAUCCCUAGCGGGCUUGUCAUGUAACCAAUAACGUAAUUGUGACCAUACGUACCUAUAAGUAAACUGCAACACGAAACAGACGGAGGAAAGAGCUGGAGGGAAGAUAGCUGCAAAUGGUACCCAUCUGAAAAUAAAGAUCAAUAAUUACACUGGGAUGAGUGAUAUAUAGGUUUAAUGUUUGUGUAUAAAAAAACAGAAUGUACCCUUACAGGUCUGAUGUGAGCUUACUUUAGACCAGAGAAGGGUCUGUCAAGUGCAUCUAUAAAUAAUAGAAUAUACGUGUGGGUAAAAGAGGUAGGCAUAAGAGGGCAGAGGAGAUAUAUAUAUAUAUAUAUAUAUAUAUAUAUAUAAUCUGAUAGGUGUAGGAAUAUGACUUCAGAAUCCUAAAUUUGCCUAAUGGAGUAAUAGUGAAAGCUGGCAAACUGUACAAGAGAAGUCACUACAUGCUGUAACGUAUUGAGGACCUAACACGUGGGUCUGAUGCAAAGACAAUCACCUAAAAGAGCACAACGCGGAACGUAAAAGGCAGAUUGAGGCCUAAAUAUAGGAGUUUAAUGAACAAAAUGAGCAUAAGGAAACAAAUACCUGACACAAAGUUUGCAGGAAGAACACCGUUAUUUUCCUAAACGUCCAAGCGGCAGUCAUAACAAGUGGGAUGUAGUUGCCCAUUUCUCACAGGACAGGUAGCAUUGAAAAGGUUAAAACAACAAAAUGCACUCCCCACCCCCAGUCUCCUCCCCUCCAAGCCUUAUAAAGGGCAACUCCACCCUGAGCUCCCCAGUAUUUACCUGUCCUCUAGAGAGACAGGUCAGGUAGCAGAGCUCUGCCUUCCCUUGACAGAAAUUGUGAAGUUAUUCACCUUUUUUGUGUUCUGUAUAGAUGUGGUGAGGGGGCUGUGGCUCCUGGAGGGCUCUGUCUUGCUUUUGAAGGGUGCUUAGCCAGUGCUCUGGUCCUUCCAUUACCAGAUUAUGUGAACACAUGACCGGUUCCUGUGUUUCACUCCUUUUUCAUUCCGCUCAAUUUGUACCGGGUGACAGAAGAGGGGAAGGUGCAUCUGUACGCACAGCUGGGAGGCUCCAUAUGUGGACAACACAUUGGGGUGUUGUUGCAUUACACUUAUGAAUUGCAGAGUGCUAUGCAAGUGCACAAAGCGAUCUUGGCACCUGGUGAGAACUCUUGAAUCUGGAGCAGGAUAAUUAAACCCAGCAGUAACGAUCUGGCCACCGGGUGUGUUUCAGAUGAGUUACCAGUGUGCUCUCACCAGCCCUCCAGCACACCAGAGGCUUAUUAGGGUGAGACAAGUAGCUUUCAUCUUAAUAAUUUUUCUUUGCUAAAUAAGCCUGCGGCCUUACCACUCUGAAAGUGCCUGAUCUUGUGAGAUCUUAGAAGCCAUCCAGACUCUGACCUGGUUAGUAAUUGUAUGGGAUGCCAACUAGGAACCUCAGGUGCCAAUAGGAAUGUAAAUAAUUGAUAUAGUACCUGAAACGUAAUAUAACAAGAGAGCAAAGUGAGCACCGCAUUAGGGAAAUUAGACAUAAAUAUGUAUUUUUACGUUUUAUUUUUACCACCAGUGUAACAUAGACUAUGACUAUGUAAUCUAGAGAAAAUACAAAGAACGUGCGGUGUGUGUGUGUGUGUGUGUGUGUGUGUGUGUGUGUGUGUGUGUAUGUAUGUAUGUAUAUAUGUAUAAUAUAUAUAUAUAUAUAUAUAUAUAUAUAUAUAUAAAUUACACACACAUACACUGAGCGCUACAGUUAAAGGCUCCAGAAGGAGGUAGUAAAUGGGAAAACCGCGAAAGGCAAGUGUUUAACCGCACCACAUAACUACUAAACAAUGUGCCAGAAGGAACCGAACAGAAAAGCCUGCGCGAAUGGGGAGGUCCUCAGUGCAUUCUGAACGAACAGUGAAAGUUUAUACAAAAGCUAAUGGUACAAGAAGGUUGGAAAUUAUGAAAACAGGCUAAUCACAAACCUCUGAGUGAAAGUGGCUAGGGAGGCUAAGUUUUUAACCGAAUGGGACAAAGACAGUGAACGUAAGAAUUUAAAACAAAUGAAUGUACAGAAAAACGAAUGAGCAUUCUAUAUGGCACUAUGAAACAUGUAAACGUAAGUAAGUACGGGGAGUUAUGAAAGUUAAACAUCCGAACGGCCCUUGUGUAUGAAAAUGCAAAGGGAGCCCGUCCCUGCGAUUGGCAAGCCCGAACGUGGGAACGCCGCGAACGGGUUCCCACGUAUACAUACGCAAGUGCGCCAUGGCCGGAAGCCGGUGUCUGUGAAACAGGAGCUGGGUCGGAGAUAUGGAGACACUGCAGGCCGGAUUGGAGAGGCUGAACGCCGGGUCCGUUGGCUGCUUGCUGGAAAAUUUUGGAAAAUACUGACUCGGAAGUGCUCGUUGUCGUAGCAACAUCACUCGAAUCAGGAACCGGCAAAGGUAUAUAGGGAAAACUCCUCCCACAAAUUCAGGCCUAUAGCCUUUUACAUAUAUAUAUUUUGUGUAUGUGUGUGUGAAACCUUUUAUACAUUAUUUGACUUACGUGUUUUAUAUAUUUGACAUACAUGUUUUAUUUCUAUUGAUUUACGUAGUAUAACACUGUAAUUAUUCUAUGACAGGCUGGCAGAACAGACCGAAAAGAAUUUGUAAGGAAAAGGACAAAAAUGAAUCCUCAUGCCAGUUCCACCAACAAGGAAAAGAAGAAGAAUAAAAACUUUAUGAUGAUGCGAUACAGCCAGAAUGUUCGAACCAAAGGCAAGCGUUCAUUCAGAGAUAAGCAGGUAAUGCAUACAAAACAUUUGGGACCAGUCCAGUAAAUUAAACAUGUUGGCAAGCAAUAGAAACUUGUGUUGAAGGUACAACCACUUAGAUUUUUCCAUAGCUCCAUAAAUAACAGCAUACAGGGUUAUUGAGUUUGGCUUAGGCUAGUACUCCAUCCAAUGAAGAGUAACAUACAUUUAUGACUAAUGGUGGCAAAUUAUCUCUUUUACCAGCUUAUGUUUACAUAAAAGAUAUCAGCAAGGUGGCCCUUGUCCAGUUUUUGUACUGGUUACUGUCUUUUUUUUUUUUUUUUUUGCACUCCAGUGACUAAAACCUAUGUUUACUGCUGUUAUUAAGUGGGGGGGACUUUUUGUUUGGGGAAAAAAAGUGUGUGUGUGUAUAUAUAUAUAUAUAAAUAUAUAUAUAUAAAAAUAAAAUGGUAGGAAAUAGCACUCUAAGGACUUCAAAAAGUAAAUGGUGAAAAAAACUUAGCUUUUAUUCAGCAACUGCCACACAAAAUCGACGUUUCAGUUCUUAAUACAGAACUUUCAUCAGGAUAAGGUGCAUUACACAAACCAACAUUAAUAUAUAAAAACAAAUAAGUACAUAACAUGCAAAACAGGUGUAGCUUACCCCAAUCCCUGUGUGGUCCCCAUGGUGAUCGCCAAAAAACGUGGGUAAAAUUAACCCCUGGAAAUGUAUUCAGCAGCUGGGGUGUGCUGCUGUGUAACCUCAGAAUGCUGGCAAUAGCUGGAGCCGAAGGCUGUCUGUGUUACCAUGUCGUUAUGGUAACCAAACUGCUCGUGUAGAGGUGGGCGGGACGGAGCAUCAGGUGGGCGUGGCUAUGGUCCGAUCUGUAGAAUGUACUCAGUGCACAAAGGGCGGGUGUCUGGUAUGAGGGAGGGAUCCUCUUUCUGCAUACUUGUGAUGCCUCACUGGUUUAAAGGAUAGACGGCAGAGGGAUAAUCUGCUAACAGGGGCAGAGAGCACAGACAUAAAGGACACUACAUUGUGACUUCCAUGACAAAAACUCAUUAAGUCACUUCCACAGUCACAAUUUAUGAGAGUAAUACGUAAUAACUCCAAUGUGGCAAAUACCCAACUCCAACUACAAGAUAUGUGGGGAAAAUUUCUUGCACGGGGUUACAAGCCCGUGGAUCUAUCUAAGGCAUUGGACAGAUGUUAUGAAACACCGACACAGAAUACAGUAACAACAGUACCAACUGAAAGAUUGAUAUUCCCAAUAACAUAUACCACCAUAUCUGACGAGAUUAAACAAUCAGUGGACCGUAAUUGGCGAAUUCUACAGAAUGAUACCAGUUUACCACCUCAAUCUAAACAGCGCCCAAUGAUGCGUUACCGUAGGGGCAGCAAUUUGAGGGACCUACUGGUCAAAACUGACCCCACACAUUGUUAUAGCAAACCUACUACCUACCAGAACCUGGGGUGUCACAGAUGUUUGGGCUGCGUGACAUGCAGCCACAUGAUCCCCAGUAAAUCAUUUGUACAUCCACACACUGGAAAAAAAUACCCCAUAAAACAUAGACUUACUUGCACAAGUGACUUUGUGGUAUACAAAUUGGGGUGCCCUUGCGGUUUGAUGUAUGUGGGGAAAACUGAUCUACCACUACGAGAGAGAAUUCGCAACCACCGUUCAAGUAUACGUACAGCCUAUAGAGACAAUGGGUCAGAACAGCCGGUGGCAAAACAUUUUUUGGAGAAAAAUCACCCCUUACCAGCAAUGAAGUUUCUGGCUAUUGAUCACAUCCCACCACCCCUAAGAGGUGGCGACCGUAAGAAGCUCCUACUACAAAGAGAACUUUAUUGGAUCUGGACACUGUGCAACCCAGAGGACUAAACGAAAAAUAUACUCUAGGUAUAUUCUUAUGAUAUAUCUCCAGGACUGGAUCAAAAAAUAUCCUCUCAUUUUAAUGCUCCAAAAAUGUUUUUGUGUAUAUAUAUUGGACUCUAAGAAUUAACCACCUCUGUAUAUUAGCUUAUAGCCUGUAUCUUUUUUUAUGUAUGCGUAUUAUACUGUGGACCGAUGGGCGCACUAAAGUUUGACACACUACCAUUGGACAGCACCGACAUUAUAUGUAUUCCUUGCAUAUAUAAAUGACAAUGGUCUUUCUAGACACACGUCCCCGCAGGGACUUUAGAAUCACCAUUACUCUUUUUAUGACAGUGUAUUACUAUUUAACACAUUUAUGGGUCCAUGCUCUAUCCAUGGUUGAAGUACUAACCUUGGAUAUAACAUUAUCCAUGUAUGAUUAUGCCAUAAUGGCUGAUUUAUUAUACAGCUACCCUGGGAAUAAUAAACCCAGCGUGCCCUUUGUAUCUAUUCAAGGGCUUAUUGUUUACUCCUUGUCUAUUUAUUCAUUCAAUAUCAGACAUUAUGACAUCUAGCUCCUGCUAUGCUACACUACAUACAUGUAGUCAGCAUCUGUAAUAUAGCCCUAAUUCCACUCUAUAUCCAGCCUCAGACCCUGCUAUUUGCAAGUUAACCUAGAGGUAUUCUAUAUAUGUCACUCUUCCAGCCCUCUAUGGUCACACAAUAGCUUUGUUUUAGACCUACUUCUUUGCCAUGUUUUUGUCAUGGAAGUCACAAUGUAGUGUCCUUUAUGUCUGUGCUCUCUGCCCCUGUUAGCAGAUUAUCCCUCUGCCGUCUAUCCUUUAAACCAGUGAGGCAUCACAAGUAUGCAGAGAGAGGAUCCCUCCCCCAUACCAGACACCCGCCCUUUGUGCACUGAGUACAUUCUACAGAUCGGACCAUAGCCACGCCCACCUGAUGCUCCGUCCCGCCCACCUCUACACGAGCAGUUUGGUUACCAUAACGACAUGGUAACACAGACAGCCUUCGGCUCCAGCUAUUGCCAGCAUUCUGAGGUUACACAGCAGCACACCCCAGCUGCUGAAUACAUUUCCAGGGGUUAAUUUUACCCGCGUUUUUUGGCGAUCACCAUGGGGACCACACAGGGAUUGGGGUAAGCUACACCUGUUUUGCAUGUUAUGUACUUAUUUGUUUUUAUAUAUUAAUGUUGGUUUGUGUAAUGCACCUUAUCCUGAUGAAAGUUCUGUAUUAAGAACUGAAACGUCGAUUUUGUGUGUCAGUUGCUGAAUAAAAGCUAAGUUUUUUUUUCACCAUUUACUUUUUGAAGUCCUUAGAGUGCUAUUUCCUACCAUUUUAUUUUUGUUAUUUGCUUUAUUAGCACCAGGCAUUAACCUAUCUUUACAGGAGUGCAAGUAUUUGAAUAUUUUAUAUAUAUAUAAUAUAUAUAAAUUUUUUUAUUUAUUUUUUUGUUACAUAUUCAGGCAGCAGAUGUGCCUGCACUAGAUGCAUGGUAUGGGAGGAGAACAGUAGAAUUAGUUUUCCUAGUGCUAAUUCUUAAAGGGGAACUCCAGUUCCAGGAAAACAAUCUGUUUUCCUGGCACUGCAGGUCCCUUCUGCCUCCCAACACCUUCAGUAACUUACCAGAGGCAGCUGCUUCUUCCUCCGCUCCUCCCAAUGAUUGCCGGGGAGACCUAAUGUGCAUGCACGGCAAUGCCACACAUGCGCAAUAGAGCUCCCCAUAGGAAAGCAUUGAAAAUGCUUUUCAAUGCUUUCCUAUGGGGAAUUGAGCGACGCUGGAGGUGUUCACACAGCGUGAGGACGUCCAGCGACGCUCUAGCACAGAUUUCCUGUGCUAGGGACACGGAUGUGCCCUCUAGUGGCUGUCUAGCAGACAGCCACUAGAGGUGGAGUUAACUCUGCAAGGUAAUUAUUGCAGUUUAUAAAAAAACUGCAAUAAGUACACUUGCAGGGUUAAAAGUAGUGGGAGUUGGCACCCAGACCACUCCAAUGGGCAGAAGUGUUCUGGGUACCUGGAGUGUCCAUUUAAUGUAUUCUUACAGGAAGUGUUUCCUGUGUAUUUCAGAUAAAGGUAAUCUGUUUUUAGCGGAGUGGAAAAAAUUACCGGUUAUGAGUAGAGUAUACAGUGCAGCCAGGCCUUUAGAGCACCAUAUUUAAAAUGUUUUGAGUUUUUUUGCAAGCUGAAUUCAAACACUAUAUGAUAUUUAGCUCCCAUCUUAUUUUUUCUUUUUCAGAUUGCUUUGCGAGAUGCUCUUUUGAAGAAAAGGAAAAGGCUCAUGAAAUAAAUGCAGAAGGCGCAUAUCAGCGGCUUUAUUGAUCUACAUACAAUAAAACUGCAAUACACAUAAGUGUGUAUAUCAGAACAAAUACAAUUGCAGAAUUCUAACAUGGAAUCAAAUUGAAUUCUAUAUUUAACACACAAUAAUCACUAUGUUUUUGUGCAAAAAUUUUAAUUCAUUUUGAAAUCCUGAAAAGUCAGAGUUAGGUGUAUAACCCUUUUGGUGAAAGCCGAAUGAAAAAUGUUCACUGCAGCCAGAUUAUAAUGCUAGUAUGUAAUCUCAUACAUUUCUGAAGUAUUCAGAAUUCAAUUCUCACCCUCUGAAGUAUCAGAAAAAGAUACUUUCUAGUCUAUGACUGAAUGUUGUAAAAAAGAUCACUGUUCUUGAUAACAGAACAUUACAUACCGCUUUAUUCAAAUAAAACAUUUUGUAAUAUUUCA